CACCCACCUAGCCCCGCCCAACUUCCAUUUAUGCACAGGCGCACUCUGGCCAUCGGAAAGUAAAGGCCCAGGCAGUGCCGUGACUGACUCGAGACGCAGGAGAAGGAUCGAGACCAGGCGGUGGCUUCCCGGGGGCAGGAUCGUCGCGACCACGAAAGCCACAGCGUGUUUCAGAAGUUCAUUCAGUUUUAUUUCAGAUAUGUUCACAAAGUCAUCAUCUAUAAGGUUGUAUACUUGAAUGCCUGUUGCAGGCAUUAAUGCAUUUAUCUCUUUGUCUUGCAGAUGUCUUACUCAAGAGGAUCCAGUUUUUUUCCCUCAAGUGAAAGGUAUGGAUCUCGCUCACCUUACUCGAGAAGCAGCUAUUCAAGGUACAGAAGUCGCUCUAGGAGUGUGGACUCAAGCGAUGCUGAAAACCCUGGGAACAACCUGUACGUGACUGGUUUGUCAACUCGUGUAACGGAUCGAGAUCUGGAGAAGCACUUUUCCACUGAGGGAGAGGUGAUUGAUGCAAGCGUUGUGCAUGAUCCUUGGACAAGGGAAUCACGAGGGUUUGGUUUUGUUACCAUGGCUACUGUUAAGGAGGCAGAUCGCUGCAUCAAAUAUCUGGACCGUUCUGUGUUGGAAGGUCGGGUCAUAACUGUUGAGAAGGCAAAGAGAAGACGAGGUAGAACCCCAACACCUGGGAAGUAUCUUGGCACAAAAUCUUCACGUGGACGGAGGUACUCCCCAAGCUACUCACCUGUUAGAAGGGACCGUUACAGUUCCCGCUACUCGCCUGAUCGGAGGGACCGUUACAGUUCCCGCUAUCGGAGGGACCGUUACAGUUCCCGCUACUCACCUGAACGUGACCUGUCUUAUUCUCCUGAUGGUAGAGGCCGGUCAUACUCUCCAUAUGACAGAAGGCGAUCAUACUCUCCCCACGGCAGGCAUGGAUCUUAUUCCCCUGACGAUCGGCGUCGAUCAUACUCACCUUACUACAGAAACCGAUAUCGUUCAAGGUCUCCAUACCGCUACAGAAGACGGAGGUCACCUUCUGUUUCGCCAUACUACAGCCGGCACCGGUAUAGAUCUGUCUCCAAGUCACCCAGUGUUUCUCCAACAAGGACCAGAGAGCGGAGCUAUUCCCACAGUUUAUCGCCACAGAGAAGCUACUCUCGCAGCCAUUCCCCAGAAUCGGAGAGAUCAACGAGCUACUCUCCUAAGAAAGGGAGUAGAAGGGAACCCUCAUGUAGCAGAUAUUCUGGCAAGAGGCGUCGUUCAAGGGAAAGCUACUCUCAUAGCCGCAGUUCAUACUCCAGGUCCGUGUCUAGGGAGCGCUCAGCUUGAUCUGCGAGGUGUAUCGUCCUAGGUUGUUAUAAGAUGCCCUGUAUCCGUAUUUGACAGAACUGAUGUGUUUUCAUGAUCAUUAUAUGCUGGCUAUUGUGAACUUGAGAACAGCAUGGAUGUGUGCAUUGUACUGUAUUAUGUUAUGUUCAUUUUGUAUGAGACAGUGAAAAAUUUCUGAUGCUAUCUUGCUAUUGUUGGUUC